UCAGAGAAUUUUUAAAUUGUAAAAUUUGGCAGGUAACGACGAAAAUAUCAAUCGGGAAAUUCGAAAAAUCUUAAGUGCGUGUAUUCAGCGAGUCAGCGCCGGGCGUUUUUCGCCGAUUUCGGUGUCUCAUUGCCUCGUUGCUGAAAAGCUACUCCCCACUUUUAAGCGCUCCGCACGGGAAUUAUUAUUUAUUCGAUGUGUCGCCGCUCAGCGUUCACAUAUUACUGAUAAUAUCGCUGUUAAGUACACAUAUUGUUCGUAUUGUUUAUAGGUACAGUGAAUUACCUGCCGCACGCGAAUUAUUACCUUGUCAAACAACAUAAAGUGCAUAAGUGUCCAGUGCUUCAAAAAUUUAAAAAAGAAUUAAAAGUGAAAUAAAAUGGAUCACAGAUUUUCGAUAAAAAUCGUAGAGCCCCAGGAGACCGCCGUGCAGUUGACGAGGUUUUCCAACGGUAGUUUGAACGCAGCUAAUGGUACAAAUGGUAAAAACACAUCGACAACUUGUUUGUACAAUAACACGCCGAAGAGGAAGAAAAGUUUGGUGCAACUCACAAGGGAGGCUUUUCCACGGCUGGAAAACUAUCGGCAAUCAAAACGCGCGCUGAAGAGGCCAUCUUUGGGAGAACUACAUGGCGGAGAUGAUGUUGUUAAGGAUCCGAACAAGGAUGGCGAAGUCGCCGAGUCACAAUCACCAGCCGGGCAUGGUGUUAAACUGGGAUGGAUACAAGGUGUGCUCAUCCCUUGUUUGCUCAACAUUUGGGGUGUCAUGCUGUUUCUUCGAUUAUCCUGGGUGGUGGCGCAGUCUGGCAUCGGAAUGACGAUGGUAAUCAUUGCUAUUUCGGCGGUGGUCUGCGUCAUUACGACACUUUCUCUUUCGGCGAUUAGUACAAACGGCGAAGUAAAAGGAGGUGGCAUUUACUACAUUAUUUCGCGGUCACUGGGCCCCGAAUUCGGCGCGUCCGUCGGCGUCGUGUUUGCAUUCGCCAACGCCGUGGCGGCGUCAAUGAACACAAUCGGUUUUUGCGACUCGCUAAACGACCUGCUGAAAAGCCAAGGCUUGAAAAUCAUCGAUAACGGCGUCAAUGACGUGCGUAUUGUUGGCUGCGUUGCGCUGCUUAUCAUGAUUAUUAUUUGCGCCGUUGGAAUGGAAUGGGAAAGCAAGGCGCAGAAUUUUCUUAUUGCGAUCAUCGUCGGAGCUAUUGUUGAUUUUCUUGUGGGGACUGCGAUGGGUCCAGGGAGUGACGAGGUAAACGCGCAAGGAUUUUCAGGCUUCAGUUAUGAAACAUUCUCGAAUAACUGGGCACCUGAUUACCGCACACAAAACGACAUCGAUUAUAAUUUCUUCCAAGUAUUCGCGAUCUUUUUCCCCUCGGUGACAGGCAUCCAAGCAGGUGCUAAUAUAUCAGGAGACUUAAAGGACCCGGCGUCGUCCAUUCCGAAGGGCACAAUGCUGGCCUUGGCGAUAUCGAUGUUCUCGUACGCCCUGUUUGUUGUUUUCGCCGGUGGUGCAGCCAUGAGGGAUGCAAGCGGAAAUGUUACUGAUUUGAUCAACGGAACGUUGACCAACUGCACCAGCGACUUUUCCUGCAAAUAUGGUCUGUUUAAUAGCUACUCGGUGAUGCAGUUGAUGUCCGCCUGGGGACCAUUUAUCUACGCUGGAUGUUUUGCCGCUACGCUCAGUACAGCACUCACCAAUUUACUAUCAGUGCCGAGGCUGUUACAAGCGCUCGGUAUUGAUAGAAUCUAUCCAGGACUGAUUUUCUUCUCGAAGGGUUAUGGAAAGUCGGGCGAGCCUUAUCGAGGCUACGUGCUUACGUUUUUCAUCUCGUCCGCCUUUGUACUCAUCGCUGAUCUCAACGCCAUUGCUCCAUUGAUCUCUAACUUCUAUUUGGCUUCGUAUGCUCUUAUUAAUUUCUGCACGUUCCACGCGGCGUUAAUUAAACCAUUAGGAUGGAGACCCACGUUUAAGUAUUACAACACAUGGUUAAGCCUCUGCGGGUUUUUCAUGUGCGUUGUCAUCAUGUUCCUGAUCAAUUGGCAAUCCUCGCUGAUUACAUUCAUCGUCAUUUUGGCGCUCUACCUCAUUGUCGUUUACCGGAAACCAGACGUGAAUUGGGGAUCUUCGACACAAGCGCAAACGUAUAAAAGUGCCUUGGCAACAUGUCAUAAAUUGAACAGCAUCAACCAACAUGUGAAAAACUACGAGCCACAAAUUUUACUGCUUUGCGGUUCACCGCAGCAUCGCCCACCGCUGUUGGACUUUGCCAAUUUAAUAACGAAAAACAAUGCGCUGCUUGUCAUCGGGGAAGUACUGCAAAAGAAAAUGUCGCAUCGUCAGCGUUCGAUCAAACGUCGCGCUGCUUAUCAAUGGUUCCGAGAAAACAAAGUAAAGGCAUUCUAUUCGCUCGUCGACGACAUCAGUUUCGAGCUGGGCGCGAAAACAUUAAUGCAAACAUCCGGUAUUGGAAAACUCACGCCCAACGUGCUGAUGAUGGGCUUCAAAAGCAAUUGGCGCGUGUGCUCGACAAAUGAACUCACCGCUUACUUUGAAGUACUCCAUUCUGCUUUUGAUAAUCGUCUCUCUGUGGCUAUUCUACGCACACCGGAAGGACUCGACUUUAGUAGAAUCCUAGACAAUGAAGAAGACAAUGCAAUCAGCACUGAUAUUUCACUAACACAGACACCAUCUCGUCCCGAUUUGCAUUCGAAUCCAUUCGCUAUUACGCGCAUGGUGCACGCCGACUCCAAUUUGAAUAUUUCAAAUGUCCCAUCUGUGUCGGACUCAGUGCAGUCUAUUACCGUCCUCAACGGUACAGCUGGAACUGGAAAGUCUGCGCCUCCUACGGCUCCAAGUGGGAUUUUAAAGAAUAAAAAGAAGACUGCAGUGGAUAAAAUUCUCUUUACAACGCCUUCCGGGAAGGAAAUCCCCGCGAAUGCCAUUGACAGUCUGUCGAUAUUCAAGAAAAAGCAAGGUAAAGGCGUUAUCGACGUCUGGUGGCUUUACGACGAUGGCGGCUUGACAAUGUUGCUGCCUUAUAUCAUUUCCUGUCGCCAGGAUUGGGAAAGUUGUAAAUUACGUGUAUUCUCACUCGCUGGUGAUAAGAAUCAACUUGAAAUCGACAAAGAAAACAUGUCUGACUUACUCAAAAAGUUCCGAUUGAAUCACUACAGCCUAGAAAUGCUGCAUAUUUCCGACCGCCCACAGGACUCGACGAUUAAAUUCUUCGAUAAUCUUUUGAGUGGUUUCACCACAUCAGGAACCACAGCGCAAGAUGGUAUGGUCACAGAGCUGGAGUUGGCAGCACUGCAGGAUAAAACCUACAGACAUUUAAGAUUGCGCGAGCUGCUUCUUGAGAAGUCGAAAGAUGCCAAUUUAGUUGUGAUGUCAUUACCGAUGCCGCGCAAAGGGACCGUCUCAGCGCGGUUAUACAUGGCGUGGUUGGAGACAUUGACAAAAGAUCUGCCGCCAUAUUUAUUGGUCAGAGGCAAUCAGCAAUCAGUGCUGACAUUCUACUCGUAGACAACUUCAUCCAUCAAUUAUCAGUAUUGUAUUAUUUAACUAUUGAGAUUAGUGCAACGCAUAUAUUUAUACUUUUAUCAAAUAUGACGUAUGACGUAGAUUAGGACGUAAAUUUCUUGUGAUUACCUAUCUGUAUACUAAUAUGCCUAGAAUGUGUCUGUAAAUACAUUUUUAAGAUAUAGAAA